AUGAAGUCCCUCGACGCCCUACAUCUGCUCCUCACCGCCCUCGCCCUGGCCACCAAGGCGGCCUCGACCCCCCGCACGAUCGAGACGGACGUCGUGGUCGUGGGCGGCGGCCUCUCGGGGCUCACGUCUGCGUAUCAGCUGCACAAGGCGGGCAUCCAGACGGUCGUGCUCGAGGCCCGGGACGCCCUCGGCGGCAAGAGUCGCUCCAAAGACCUGGGCGGCGGCAGGAUCAUCGAGCUCGGCGCCACGUGGAUCAACAACAAGACGCAGGAGCACGUCUACAACCUCACGCGGCUGUUUGGGCUGGAGACCGCGGUGCAGUACAUUGCGGGCGAUGCCGUCUUUCAGGGGUCGGAUGGCAGGGUGACGCGGCUGCCAGAGGGCUAUCCGUUCAACACCCAAGAUGAGGACGCUGCGCUCCUCGAGGGACUUGCCCUUGGGACGAUUCACAAUGCUUCUCUAGAGGUUGAUCUCCAUAAUUUUGAUGCGUUUCCGGCGGACCAAGAUGUCAGCGUCGCUGAAUGGCUCGCCGGGCAAAUGUUUGGCCAGCACCCUCACAUCGUGGAUCUUGUCGCUCACCUUUCUACUGCCCUGGUUGGGAGGGAGCCCGAGGAGAUUGGCAUGCACUAUCUUCUGGAUUACAUAGGCUCCGGUGGCGGGGUUGAGAGUCUCGCCACCGACGACGAACAAGGGGCUCAAUACCUCAAGAUCAAAAACGGAACAACCGCCAUCGUAACCAGCCUGGCAGCCACCCUCCCGGCAGACCGCAUCCACCUCUCGUCCCCCGUCAUCAGCAUCGAGAGCACAAAACCCAAACCCGGCGCCGUCGUGACCAUCAAGUCGGGGCAGCGCUUCCACGCCAAGAGGGUCAUCCUCGCCAUCCCGACCAACACGUACAAGGACGUCGUCUUUUCCCCGGCCCUGCCCGCCGGAAAACAAGCCCUCCUCUCGGCCUCAAAGCCCGGCAUCUACGCCAAGGCGGUCCUCUCCUACCGCUCCGCCUGGUGGCGCGAGGCGCGGCUGGCCGGCAAGUUCACCAGCCGCGCGGCCGCGGGCCCCGUCUGCUUCUCGUGGGACACGUCGGACGCGGCGGCGGGGCAGCACAGCCUGGCCGUGUUCAUCGCGGGCGCCAAGGCCGCCGCCUGGCACGCGCUGCCCGGCGACGGCGCCAGGGUCGCCGCCGUGGUGGAGCACCUGGCUGCGCUGGUCGGCGGCGCCGGGCCCCUGGCGGAGGCGGCCCGCGACACGCUGCGUGUGGACUUUGUCGAGUGGACGACGGAGGGGUGGCUCGAGGGCGCGCCGACCGGGUCCCUGGGCCCCGGGUUCUUGAGAGAGCACGGACACGCGCUGAGGGAGCCGUUUGGGCCGUUGCAUUUCGGCGGGGGCGAGACGGCGUUUGAGUGGAAGGGGUACCUGGAGGGGGCGGUCCGGGCUGGGGAGAGGGUUGCGCAAGAGGUGGAAGAGGUUCUUGGUUGCGGUAAAUGA